CAAAGAUGUAAGAAAGGCCUGACUUCCACUAUCUUGACCCGUGUCUCGCUGCCCCCAAAGUCUUCUCAGGGAAGUCCAUAUCCAUCAAUCCAUCAAAGAAAGUGAAGAAAGAACAGCACCAACCCAAAUAGCCUGCUACUAGAAUAUUAGUACACAGAGAGAGAGAGAGAGAGAGAGAGAGAGAGGAAGAGAGGUAGAGAGAAAGAGGGUGUGGGAAUUGAGAGCAUAGAGAAUGUCAUCGGAUGCGGAGGAGGAGUAUUUGUUCAAGGUGGUGAUAAUUGGGGACUCGGCGGUGGGGAAGUCGAACCUGCUGUCGCGGUACACGCUGGACGAGUUCGACCUGCACUCCAAGGCCACCAUCGGGGUGGAGUUCCAGACCCAGACCCUGGACAUCGACGGCAAGGAGGUCAAGGCCCAGAUCUGGGACACCGCCGGCCAGGAGAGAUUCCGCGCCGUCACCUCCGCCUACUACCGCGGCGCAUUCGGUGCCCUCGUCGUUUACGACAUCUCCCGCCGCUCCACCUUCGACUCCAUCUCCCGCUGGCUCCACGAGCUCAACAUUGGGACGCAAUUUGGAGAUUGGCUUCCAGGACCACUGCUAUUGAUUUUAAGGGCUCAUUCAGAUACAACUGUUGCAAGGAUGCUGGUUGGUAAUAAAUGUGAUUUGGCAAAUAUUAGGGAGGUGUCUGUUGAGGAAGGUAAAAGCCUUGCGGAAGCAGAAGGGCUGUUUUUUAUUGAGACUUCAGCUCUAGACUCCACAAAUGUGAAGACAGCCUUUGAGAUUGUUAUCAAGGAGAUCUACAAUAAUGUCAGCAGAAAGGUCUUAAACUCAGAUUCGUACAAAGCGGAAUUAUCACUCAACCGGGUAAGCAUUACUGGCAGUGGAACUGAUGAAUCAAAGCAGACAACUAGGAAAUUCUCUUGCUGUUAGUCACACUUGUUGGUUUUAUUCAACUUUUGGGAGCCUAAGGCUUUAUGAUGUUCGGCUAUAAGAUUACAUAUGCCAAAUUAGUUUUUGUUUGUUACAUUUCUGGAAGUGUAUUCAUAUGUCUCCAAAAUCAUAAAAUAAGAAAAUGUUGUUAUUGGAGAUAAUUCUUUGUGCCAUAUAGAAAAACAUGCAACUGUAAUGGCUUAAUAAAGUAGUUCAUAUCAUGAAACUGCAUUAUUGGAG